UUGUCUAUGCCUCAGCAGCAGCAACCUCGCCCCCAGGCUUCAACUCUUGCUCCUCCUCUAAAGACGCCGUCACCUCCACCGGCCCUAACAAUGACCCACAGCUCGCCUGUCCCAUCCGCUUCGGCAAUCCCGACUACUAACGCGCCUCCGACUCCUGGCUCCAGCUCGGCCCCGCUCCCCGGCUCGACAGCAGUUCCCUCGCCGGCCGAUGGUGCUCCACCUGUUAUCAAGAAGAAACCGCUUUCAAGAACCUCGGCUACCACCCUCAGGCCUAACUUGAUGAGGGCUCCGCCAAUGCCUGGCUCGCAGAUGUCGCCUUCGGCAGGUUCAUCUAGGGAUGCGUCCCCGUGGUCUAUCAACUCGGCCCGGCCGACUAUGUUUCGGCCCUCUGCGCCGUCAGCUCAUUCUCAGGCUCCGCUGCCUAUGCCACAAAUACCUAAAAAGCAAAUCCUCUACUGGUGCACCUCGUGUGAGGUAAGCUUCAAGCGUAAGUACGACUGGAAGCGCCACGAGGAUGAAUUCCACGAGCGUUGGAGAAAAUAUCCCUGCCCCGAGCCAGGCUGCAACCGCAGCUUCUGGGGCCCCAACUUAUUUAACCAGCACCACAAGCUGUCCCAUGGCUGCAAAACCUGUCCCCACGCAGAAAAGGUGGUUAAGUUCCUCCGCAAGCGUCACUACUGGGCCUGCGGCUUCUGCUCUGCUCUUCAUCCUGCACGCGAGCGACACGUUGAGCAUGUGGCUCGGCAUUUUGAGUCUGGCUUGGGCAAGGCUGACUGGGUGCACUCAAGAGUCAUCUACGGUCUCCUGCAUCAGCCGCUUAUCCACGGUGCUUGGGAUACUCUUGUGAGGGCUAAGCAAGCUGAGUUUGGCGGACGCCGCCCUCAGUUCAGUUGGCACCCGAGUAAGACGGGGCGUGCUCAGGGAUUCCUGGAGAAGGGGAAUCCCGGCCAGCUGCAAGACCUGCUCGAGUUCUUCUCUGGCGAUGAAUAUGAGGCCCAAUGGAUAGUUUCUGUAGCAUACGAUUUGUCUGAUAUU